AUGGCUUUGAAUUCCUCUGCAUUCUGUUUAGGUGGCACAUUGGAACUGGCUCAGGGUGGUGUAGCCUAUUUUCCCUCAAUUGAACUUUUGAAGCGAAAGGAUUUGGCAUCUUUGAUCUACGCACUUGAAACUACUUCAGCCGGAGCCCUUAAAAUUUCCAAAUACACAGAAGGUGUCACAAAGUCACCCGAGGAAGAGAGCAUCUACUCAACCACGGCAUCUGUCUGGGCCACCUGUGAGCUGAAUCCAAUCACUGUGGCCUUAAAGUCACAUGAACAAUCCGCCGAAGAUGAUGCGUUUUCGACAACGGAUAAUCCGAUUCAACUACCAGUGGAACUUUUACCCCGAAGAAGUGGACUGCAAAAGGCAAUCUCUACAUUUGACAUCGUGGUCAAUACUGACUUGGUUCAAGGACCCAGUGAGAUUACUGAUCGGCUUAUAGUGGACAUGUGUUUGAGUCACUCACUCGGGCUCAAGCCCGAUGGAUCGAUCGAGACAAGCGGAUCAGAAAAUGCGACAGCGAUUAUUUUAUCCAGUGUCUUUGAUGCCUGUAGCACAAUGGGAAAAAUUCCUGUACCACAUCAUGUCAGUCGCUUGUUACAAGUGUACUAUUUGGCAAUUCGACGAGCCUGUUCAGUUGAUCGUUAUCCUGUGCCGUGCUCCGCUUUGAACACUCUAUUCAAACUGACUAAAUCGAACGCCAAACUGAACGGAAGGUCAAGUGUUGUAGAAGUGGAUGCAUUGAUUGCCGUGUACUUGUAUGACACAUUUAUCCAAAGUUUGACAGGUGAGUGA